GAGAGGGAAAAGAUCAGCAGUGGAAGCUGUCAGAUCCUACUGGAUGGAGAGGAAACCAGGUCAGGCAGUUGCCAUCGGCUGGAAGUGAAUCACCAAGGGGAGAGCUGCUCAUCCACACACCUUCAUCUGAAUCCAGUUACCCCCAAUAAAUCUACCACUUUCCAAUGCUCUCCACUAGCCAAGGGGACCAUGGCAACCUUGGGAGGACAGUGCAUGAGAAAAUGUCAUUUGGAUCAUUUCCACAGGCAAACCUGACGGACCUCAACAUUUGGAAGGACAUGGCAAAUGGGACAAGUGUGGAAGAAUUCAUCCUUCUUGGCUUUCCAGGCACAUGGCAAUUCCGAGUCUCCUUUGUGGUGGUAUUUGCACUCAUGUACACCCUGACAGUAAUAGGCAAUGCAUCCAUUAUAGCCCUUGUGUGGAGAAGCAGCAACCUACACACCCCAAUGUACUUUUUCCUCUGUAAUCUCUCCUUUCUGGAGAUCUGGUACACUACGGGUGUUGUUCCCAAAGCCAUAGGAGUUAUGCUGGGGACUAGCCAGACCAUCUCCUUCAGUGUCUGCAUCCUCCAAUUAUUCUUUCUUCUCUCUCUAGGCUCCACUGAGUGUUUUCUCCUGUCUGUCAUGGCCUAUGACCGCUACUUAGCCAUAUGCUACCCCCUGAGGUACUGCUCCCUCAUGAGCAGUGUCCUCUCUGUUCGGCUGGCACUCAGCUCCUGGCUGGGAGGAUUUCUGGCCAUUUCCCUGCUGGCUUUUCUGACAUCCAGGCUGACUUUCUGUGGGCCAGAUGUCAUCAAUCAUUUUCUAUGUGAUAUAGAUUCCUGCCUUGCCCUUUCCUGCAGUGAUACACGGCCUGUGGAGCUGGCAACCUUCCUCAUCUCCAUAAUUGUUGUGGUGGCCUCCUGUGUGGUCACCCUGGUCUCCUACAUGUACAUAAUUUCUUCCAUCCUGAGGAUCCAGUCAGCCCACGGCCGGAAAAAGGCCUUUUCCACCUGCUCUGCCCAUCUCACUGUUGUCACAAUCUGGUAUGGCUCCACCAUGUUCCUGUAUGUCAAGCCAUCAGCCCAGAACUCCCUGGAUCUGAACAAAAUUGUGAAUACCUUUAACACAGUGGUAACUCCUUUGUUGAACCCCUUCGUUUACACACUCAGAAACAAAGAGGUGAAGCUCGCUCUGGGACGGGCUUUCCGGAAAAAGUGAAGUGACUUUUCACAAGGCAUCAGUUGAAUAUCCAUCCCCACCCUCCCAUGAUUUCUGCCCUGCACAAGAUCCCCACUGAAGUGUGAGUCUGUCUGGGCAGCAAGAAGCCACCAAUUCCCCAGUGAGCUCAUAUCACCUUACAGCCAUCUCUGGCUGGGCUGAGCCUGAGUUCUGCUGCUCCCACCACCCUCUGUUCAUUCCCUGUGAAUUCAGAAUGCCUCCCAGUCGUUUAAAGUGCCGUGCUUGUAAAGGGUCACUAACUCCAUCCAUAAAUGGUUCUGUAACAGAGCCAGAGGAAUGGUACUCCCACAGAUUUCUACCCCAGUUUGCCAAGUGCUUCAUUUUGUCAGGGUUUGUCUGAAUCUCCUAAACAAAUCCCAGCAACUUUAGGAAGUAUACAUGUGUUUCUCCAUUUAGCCUGAUGUUUUGUGAUGUCUGUAUGCCACAUCCUUGUAGCUAUUUCAUCAAAUCAUACUCUGAUUCAGGAUAAAAUUUGGCAAUGUCUGAUAUCUCUACCCAUAGCCAUUAUUCCUAGCAUAAGACUGCAAACAAAAUUAUAAUAAACUACUAUCUGAAUC